AUGUCCCUAGACCAUGAGGAGUCUAUGAUAGAUAGAAUCUCAGUGGGUGCUGACGUGGAUGAUGUAAGCAAUCUUUCUGCGGAAGAGAAGGAGCUCAGAAAGCUCUUGGCUUCAAAACAAGAAUUGAUGAUGAACCAAAGCAGAGCGUACCUCGAGGAUCUUUUCAAGGAGAACUCCACGAUACCAAUUAAAUUGAAGAAUGUUCAAGUAACGAACUCCCAAUACUUCAGGCAUUCCUUUCUUCAAACACAACUACUGCCGUUGCUUACUGGAAAAGUUAUGUCAUUGGCUGAAUUCUUGAACAAUUUAGAGAUCGUCCAUAGGCGGUUUUUAAAACAUGACAUUCUUGAAGACUCAAUGAUCGGUCUACACCAACUUCCGAAACAGAUGUGGAAUAACAAGUCCCCUCUUACGAUAGACAUGGUGCCCGUGUUCAAUGUAGUGCCUCAAAAGCGCUUCUUCGCAAAAACAGGCACCAAUAUAGGCAAUGGCGAAGGUGAUGGGUAUAUUCAAUUCCAGCUUAAAAAUAUGUUCGGCGGUGCUGAGAGUCUUGUAUUUGAUGCAAUUACCGGUACAAAGACUCCAUCAUCAUAUUUAUUGAAUUAUUCGCAGCCAGUGUUUAAUCGUGCAGACUACCUUUGGGGUACCCUGGCUUUCAUCAAUACAAGAAAGCUCGAGUGGAUACAGAGCAAUGUCCAUACAAAAGGAGUUGUUAGCAGAAUCACCACUCACUUUGACUCAAAAUUCAACUUCGACAUCGCAUUGGAGAACAGCUGGAGAGCACUAAGUAACCAUGGAUCGAAAUCACUAGAGGUUUUGCGCCAACUGAGAGACACAUUCAAGUCGUCAUUGAUUCUAGGUGUCACUUACGAUUCUCGGGAUAAUCGAAUCGGACCCACCAGUGGCACAUUGGCAAAGCUUGGUGUUGAGUAUAGCGGGCUUUUUGGCUUCAACAAUGUCCGCUUCACCAAGUUCAUGUGGGAGGGCCAACGGGCUUUGGCAUUAGGCAAGCAUCAUUCAAUAAUCCUUACGAAUAAAGCAGGAUUGCUUAUAAGCGGUGAUCGGCUAAAAACUAAUAUCCUUGAUCGUUUCCACGUUGGUGGACCGAACGACGUCCGUUCAUUUUCACUUAAUGGUGUCGGUCCAAAAGACAAAAACUCCUCUGUGGGUGGAGAUGUCUUUUUUAAUGGAGGAAUUUCUUUGCUCAGUCACAUUCCGAAGACACCAGAAGAUACAAACUUCAAGUUGAUUAAUUACCUCAAUUUCGGUAAAUUGGCAUCGAUUGACUCAUCAGACCGUUCCAGUGACGUUCUCAAGCUGAUGACAUCCGGCUAUUCCGUCAGCGCUGGGGUUGGUGUUCUUUAUAACCACCCCAUGGCACGCUUCGAGCUCAAUUUCGGGUUGCCUAUAGUUGCACAUGCGAACGAUCAUGUUCGGAAGGGGAUUCAAUACGGAGUUGGAGUGUCUUUCUUGUAA